AUGAGUGCAAACUAAUUUGUUAAGGAUCACAUUUAUAACAAAAAUAAAAUAUUAUAAAGAACAAUCUAUGUUAAGCUUAUAUAAUGUUCUUAAAAUCAUCUCUUCAACAAGUUUGUUGUGUAUCUAUUUUUGAAUUUUUGCUCUUUAAUUAGAUUUCAAUUAAAAAAAUUCUUUGAAAAUCUAAAUGAUAAAUAGACACUUUUGAUGAUAUUGUAAUGCAAAUUUAACUUGAUGCAAAAACAAUUCACACAAGUCAAGGUGCAACUUUUGAAAAUGUUUGUGUUUCUUUGGAACGCUUUAUAUUUAAAUUGUCCAGGAUUAUUGUUUACUGCAUUGUUCCAAUAGCUAUUAUUAUAAUUUUAUUUAAUGUGGCCCAAGAAUUCAAAUGCAUUAUUUUCAUUCAGAAUCACAAUAAUAGUCGAGCAUUUUGCAUCACUCAAAUACAAGCCUAGUAUGAAAUAACUCAUAAUAGAAAUGCACACUUACAUUCUGACGGAUGCAUUUGGAGAUGUGCAACUAAGAAUGUAAAUAUGCAUUUUGUACAUGAAAUCCCAAUUUAUAUAUUAUGAAUAACAGCAGUUACAGAAUCUAACACCCCUUGAAAUCAACAUACUACUGGCAUAAAACAUGUGAUGCAAAAGAUAAAAAGUGUUCCUAGCAGUGCAUGUUUAUAGGCAUGAAGCACUUGGCAAGUAGGCUAGAAUUACAACAAGAAAAGUAAGGCUGGAGUCUUCUCCAGCCUAGUCAGCAGUACUUAACAAAGAAUUUUAUGUUUAUCUCAGAAUUAGAAUUUUCAUCACAGGGAGAUUCUUAGCCAGGGUGUUAUAUAGUUCUUGGUAGCAGGUAUUCGGAAUUGGUGGAGAUAGUCCCAUAGUAUUGGACGGAGAUGUGA